ACAUUGCCUGUUUGAAGUUGUUUGUGUCGGCGUGUUCGAGUUCGGUCGACUCCCGGCUCCGGCAGUUGUCAGUCGCUUGGCGCAGGAGACGCACACUCGUGUUUGUAUAUCUCUGUUCUACACGCAGCCAACAUGACUAGCAACAAAAUAUGGCAAAAGAUGCAAGAAGACGGGUACGUGGUCUUAGAAGACUUCCUGAGCCCAUCAGAAUGUGACGAGAUGGUUGCAGCGGGAACAGAAUUCACAAAGAAUUUACCUCCUAAAGAACAAAGGAUCAUUUUCUCUACGGUCAACUCUGAAAAGCAGCAACUAAAAGACGAGUAUUUCCUGAAUAGCAACGAUAACAUUAGUUAUUUCUUCGAAGAAUCUGCAGUCGGGCCUGAUGGAGAAUUGGCUGUAGACCCCAGUAUAUCACUAAACAAAGUCGGUCACGCGUUGCACUACCAGCACCCGAUCUUCAGAUGCUACACGUAUUGUGACCGCGUGAAGGAAGUUGCCAAAGCUCUGGGCUUCAAGGAACCGGCGGUGGUGCAGUCCAUGUAUAUCUACAAGAACCCUGGUAUUGGAGGCGAAGUAAUUGCACAUCAAGACAUUACAUAUCUGCACACCUCUCCUGUACCACCAGUGGGUUUCUGGAUAGCUCUAGAAGAUGCCACAGUUCAGAAUGGAUGUCUCUGGAUGGUCCCAGGAUCCCACAAGUCGGGAGUCCAUAGACGACUUACAAGGAAUCCAAAUAGUGAUAGUAAAGAUAAACUGAUAUACGACAAUCCAGCACCAUUCUAUCCUCAGUCUAGGUUUACUCCAGUUCCAGUUAGUAAAGGUACCUGCAUAGUUCUCCACGGUAACGUAGUACACAGGAGUGCGCACAACCACUCCAGCAGCGGGCGGCCCGCGUACACGUUCCACAUCAUAGAGAAGCAGGACAACCAGUACUCCGCGGACAACUGGCUGCAGGAGGGAGAGCGUGCGCCCUUCUCCAACCUCUACACCACCUCGCAGCUCAUGUAGACGGGUAGACCACACCCAUUAACACACAUUUACAACU